ACGGGCCGAAACACCGAGAAAGAAUAUCCCGGUCUCAACCGGUUUCAACCGGUCCGUGGUUGGAAGCAUGAGCUUAGAGGAAGAGCCCACUUGCACGCAUUAAAACAUCUCUGCUCUCCAACAGUGUGUGCGAAUAGAAUCAGAAAUAAACACGAAACUCUUUUUACUUCGUGAUUAUGACCCGGAAUACUGCUCUAAAGUGUGACUCCGAGAAUCUGUGUUGUUAGCUUAGCUUAAAUGAGCCCGCAGACCAGAAUCUUCAUUGACUUUUCCAUUAGCACGCUACAUUGCUAUUAGCCUGGUAAAAGGGAGGCGGCUGUAAUCACUGAUCGCUAAAGAAAAAUAUACGUUUUUCUGGCUGAAGACAAGAAACUAUAGGCUGUGGUAAUCUGCGGAAAGCUUUUUAAUACACCGCCAAGAAUCGAUAAGUAUCCGUGUAACGGUGUUUUUAAAUUAGAGCUGUUGGUGUCAUCCAGUGAAGCUAACGUUAGCAUUUUAGCUAUCGAAGGUUAGGAGCAAACGUGUGUCAUGAGAUAACGUUUCAUCGCUUUGAGAGGAUUCAUAUUACUACAAGACACAUCUGAUAGGACAGUUAUUGUUUCCAAGGAAAGGACAGGACACCCAAGAAGCUCUAUGCCAGCCGAAAUGACAAUGUUGGCCGAUCACCCAGCCAGACAGCUGCUGGACUUCACUCAGAAGCUGGACAUCAACCUGCUGGAUAAUGUUGUCAACUCCAUGCACCAUGACAUUGGAUCACAGCAAAGAGUGGCCCAGGAAGUUCUCACAAACCUCAAGGACCACCCAGACGCCUGGACGAGGGUCGACACCAUCCUGGAGUUCUCCCAGAAUAUGAAAACAAAAUAUUACGCACUGCAGAUUCUGGAGACGGUCAUCAAAACACGCUGGAAAAUUCUUCCUAGAAAUCAGUGUGAAGGUAUCAAGAAGUAUGUUGUUGGGUUGAUCAUUAAGACGUCCUCUGAUCCUGCAAACAUGGAGAAAGAGGGAGUCUACAUUUCAAAACUCAACAUGAUCCUCGUACAGAUCCUGAAACAGGAAUGGCCCAAACACUGGCCGACUUUCAUCAGUGACAUCGUGGGUGCGAGUCGGACCAGCGAGAGCCUCUGUCAGAACAACAUGAUCAUCCUCAAGCUGCUCAGCGAGGAGGUCUUUGACUUCUCCAGCGGACAGAUGACCCAGGUGAAGGCCAAGCACCUCAAAGACAGCAUGUGCAACGAGUUCUCCUCCAUAUUCCAGCUGUGCCAGUUUGUGAUGGAAAACUCCCAGAAUGCACCGCUGGUCCACGCUACACUGGAGACUCUGCUCCGCUUCCUGAAUUGGAUUCCUUUAGGUUACAUCUUCGAGACCAAGCUCAUCAGCACUCUGGUCUACAAGUUCUUGAACGUGCCCAUGUUUCGCAACGUUACGCUGAAAUGUUUGACAGAGAUCGCCGGCGUGAGCGUCAACCAGUACGAGGAGCAAUUUGUCAACCAGUUCACCCUCACCAUGGGCCAGCUUAAACAGAUGCUGCCUUUGAACACCAACAUCCGAGUGGCCUACGCCAACGGGAAGGACGACGAGCAGAACUUCAUCCAGAACCUCAGCCUGUUCCUCUGCACGUUCCUCAAAGAACACGGACAGCUCAUCGAGAAGAGGAACAACCUGAGGGAGUCGCUCAUGGAGGCGCUGCACUUCAUGCUGCUGGUGUCGGAAGUGGAGGAGACGGAGAUCUUUAAGAUCUGUCUGGAGUACUGGAACCACUUGGCAGCCGAGCUCUACAGAGAGAGUCCGUUCUCCACCUCCAGCACCCCGCUGCUGUCCGACGUGCCCCCCCGCAGACACCUCUACCUGCCCGUGCUCUCACAGGUGCGUUUGCUGAUGGUGAGCCGCAUGGCCAAACCAGAGGAGGUGCUGAUUGUGGAGAACGAUCAGGGGGAGGUGGUGCGGGAGUUCAUGAAGGACACGGACUCCAUUAACCUUUACAAGAACAUGAGGGAGACUCUCGGUACGUUAAUAUCUGUGGUGACCAAUGUGUUUUUGUGCUUUUUAAAGUGCCCCCUUUGUUUCCUCUGUAGUGUAAAUGUAUUUGUAAAGCGUCUACUCACUACAUUUGUAUUUUUAUUCCAGUUUGCUCAUUCCUUUAUUGGCUCAUAUUUAGUUUACACCAGUGUGUAUUUUGGCAGCUAUUUUUGAUUUAGUCUUUAGACA